AGGAUCCUGAGACAGCAUGUGCAUCUCCCACAGCCUCUGUCCACGGAUACCAUGAAGAUCUCCGCAGCUGCCCUUGCUGUCAUCCUCUCUGCUGCCACCCUCUGCGCUCCUGCAUCUGCCUCUCCAUAUGCCUCGGACACCACGCCCUGCUGCUUUGCCUACAUCUCUCGCCCACUGCCCCGUGCCCACAUCAAGGAGUAUUUCUACACCAGUGGCAAGUGCUCCAACCCAGCAGUCGUCUUCAUCACCCGAAAGAACCGCCAGGUGUGUUCUAACCCAGAGAAGAAAUGGGUUCGGGAGUACAUCAACUCUUUGGAGAUGAGCUAGGAUGAAAGACGCCUUGAACCUGAACUUCUGCAAACUCUCCUGUUGCUGCUUGCUCUUGUCCUAACCAGCUUGGGAGGCUUCCCCUCAAUCCCCUACUCUCAUGCCGUCCUUGGAGGGCAUAGAUUCUACCACACAGCAGCAGUUAUAAAAGCCCAUUUGAAGCCUAGAAGAGCUACUGAGGCUCUGCCUCAUAAACAGGAAUUCUCUAGGCUCUGAGCUUCAGGCCCUCAGCUUGGCCAUGGCUCUGUGACCAGGAAGGGAGAUCGACUGGGCUGCUGAGCUCCCAUCUCGGCUCCUCACAAGGGUUAACUGGCAAAUACGAGAAAUCAGCUUUCAUUAAAACCCUCA